CUACCACCAUCAGACAAGAAAGCUGCUUAAUCCUUUCGCUGUCGCUUCGUGCAUAGCGCCCUCCGAGUAGUGGGGCCACAGCGUAACCCAUGCGCUCAGUGCGCCAAAUAAUCCAGCUGAUAGCCGGAAGCAGGGUUUCGCGCAAGGAGCUUGCAGAGGUACUGAAGCAUGGCCGGAGGGUCUACAACACGCGGGCGGAGGAGGGUGUGGAGCACCUGAGGACGCUCAAUAAACUGGGCCAGCAUGAGGCGGUCGUGAGCGCGUUUGAGGGCAACCGCGUUGCCAACUCGCCGGAGUCGCUUGCGGAGUAUGUGAAAGCCCUUUCGCGACUGGACCGGCUCGACCCGUCUCGCUUCUAUGCUUACACGCAGCGCACGGGCGGCCUGGCGGCUGGCGCUCGCGGUGCGGAGUACGCGUCUAGCAGCGGCGGCGGCAGCUCCACCGCUCCCUUCUUUGGCAGCGGCGGCGGCGGCAGCAGCUGGGGCGCGGGCAGCAGCGGCGGCGGCGGUGGCUACUACGGCUCAGGGGCGGGCGCGGGCGGCGGCGGCGGCGGCUUCGCCGCGGGGCCGGCGCUGGGCGCGGCGGCGGCGUCUGCCAUGGGUGGCGGGCUGGGCGGCGCGGGGGCGGCGGCGGCGGAUGGUGUGAUGGGGUCUCCGAAGAACCCUCUGGUCAUGACGUUUGCGGAGCCCAGCUUCUCUAGCCAGAUGUGGCGCACCAUCCGCACGCUGGGUGGCGCCUUCAUUCUGGUGACGUGCCUGGGCACGCUGCUGGACGACAAGGGGCUGACCAAGUCCUUCCUCAACAACCCCGACCUCAAGCCGCAGAUGAACAGCAGCACGCGAUUCGCGGACGUCAAGGGCGUGGACGAGGCCAAGCACGAGCUGGAGGAGAUUGUGGAGUACCUGCGUGACCCGCACAAGUUCACUGGGCUGGGCGGCAAGCUGCCCAAGGGAGUGCUUCUGGUGGGGCCGCCCGGCACGGGCAAGACCAUGCUGGCGCGAGCGAUUGCAGGCGAGGCCGGUGUGCCCUUCUUCUACACCUCCGGCUCGGAGUUCGAGGAGGUGUUCGUAGGCGUGGGCGCGCGCCGUGUGCGCGACCUGUUCGCGGCCGCCAAGAAGCACGCGCCCUGCAUCAUCUUCAUUGAUGAGAUCGACGCCAUUGGCGGCAACCGCAACCCUAAGGACCAGCAGUACAUGCGCAUGACGCUGAACCAGAUGCUGGUGGAGCUGGACGGAUUCAAGGCCACGGAGGGCAUCAUCGUGGUGGCCGCCACAAACUUCGCCGAGGUGCUGGACAAGGCACUGGUGCGGCCCGGCCGCUUUGACCGGCACAUCGUGGUGCCCAACCCGGACGUGGAGGGCCGCAAGUCCAUCCUGGAGACACACAUGGCCAAGAUCCCCAAGAGCGCCGACCUGGACCUGGGCGUCAUCGCCCGCGCCACGCCCGGCUUCAGCGGCGCCGACCUGGCCAACGUGGUCAACGUGGCGGCCCUGCACGCAGCCAAGAGCGGGCUCAAGGAGGUGGGCAUGCGCUCCAUGGAGUACGCGCGCGACCGCAUCAUCAUGGGCGCCGAGCGCAAGUCCGCCGCCAUCAGCGAGAAGAGCCGCCGCCUGACCGCCUACCACGAGGGCGGGCACGCGCUGGUGGCGCUGCUGACGGAGGGGGCGGACCCCGUGCACAAGGCGACCAUCGUGCCGCGAGGCAUGGCGCUGGGCAUGGUGAGCCAGCUGCCGGAGGAGGACGCCACCAGCAUGAGCCGCCGCCAGAUGAUGGCGCGGCUGGACGUGUGCAUGGGCGGCCGCGUGGCGGAGGAGCUCAUAUUCGGGCACGACGACGUCACCACGGGCGCCAGCUCCGACCUACGCAUGGCCACGCAGCUGGCUCGGGCCAUGGUGACCAAGUACGGCAUGAGCGACAAGCUGGGACAGGUGGCACUGGACUACGACGACAGCCACGCCAUGAGCAGUGAGACACGCGCCGCCGUGGAGGAGGAGGUCCGCAAGCUGGUGCAGGGCGCCUACGACCGCGCCAAGGCCGUGCUGACUCGCCACGAGCCGCAGCUGCACAAGCUGGCGGCCGAGCUGUUGGACAAGGAGACGCUCAGCGGGGAGCAGAUCCGGACCAGCCUGGGGCUGGCGGCGCGGGCGGCGGCCAGCGCGGCGGGGCAGGUAGGCGGCAAGCGGCCGGAGGCGGCGUGAGGGUGGACGAGCAGGGAGGUGAGGAGGGCAGGAGGGGAGGAGGGCAGGAGGGGAGGAGGGCAGGAGGGCAGGAGGGGAGGAGGGCAGGAGGAGAGGAGGGCAGGAGGGGAGGAGGGCCGGCGAGGCAGGUUGGUGCCAGUGUGUGCAGGUACGGCAGGCUGCCGCACGUUGCCGAGAAGUGCAGGGCUUCUAUUUUCAUUCCGCUUGUGUGGCAGUCAGCAUGUACAGAUGUAAGUUGAGCGCUAGGGUGUGGUGCGAGAUAAUGAAGUGCAAGCCGUAUUCCCUUUCGAUGGAUGGUCUCGCGUUUGCAAGUUUUGGUUCUGUUUGGGUCUGCUUUCUUGGUCGGGUCGUGAGGAAGGGCUGAACGGAUACGUGCAGCGCGGUCUGAUAAGCGUGCCAUUCUUUAAGAUGGGAGACGUGGCGUGGGCGCAGCUCAAUCGUCCCUGGGAGGGAAUACCACUAUCUUGUCGGUGGUACGGGAAAUCUGCUGUUUAAGUGGGUUUACGGCGUCGUUAUUGUGCGGAGCAAUGGUGCGGUUUAGAUCCGUUGGGUUUGACGUGUUCCGCGUUGCGCUCACUGUGGGACAACCCACGAGCGCAGACAAGUGAGCAGAUGGCAGGGUGUAGGCCUGUAGGGUGCGGGCGGCUGUGUUACAAUCUGUGUGCUGCUGACAUUCGGAUCCAUCUGUACGGCUCCUCGCUCCAUCUGUAAGGCUCCUCGCAGGGCAUACGGGACCACGCAAACCUGCCCCCUAGGCCCCUACCCUGUCCGAGUGUCCGGCUGUCCCAUCGCCCCCCACCACCACCACCACAACCACCACUGUAUGGGAUGCCGUUGGCCCGCUCUCGCCCUGGUGGCCUGGUCUGCCCACGAUUCUCUUGAGUCCGUUUGAGUCCGUCAUGAACCGGAUCUGAACUUGACCCUA